UCAGACUAACAGCUUGUGUCUCUCCAUGUUGUCAGUGUCUAAAUUGCUGCAUAUUCUGUUCUUUAUUUCUGUUUUCUUGAAGCACUUGACCUCAGCAGACCAAGAAGUAAACAAAUUCAUGUACCAGGGCUUCAAUGGAGCCAAUCUGCAUCUCAAUGGGAUUGCCAAAAUCCACCGCAGUGGUCUGCUGGAGUUAACAAACAUUUCAUUCCAUCAAAUUGGCCGUGCUUUCUUUCCAUUCCCUCUCAAGUUCAGUAAAUCUUCAUCUACCAAUUCUCAGCCUUUCUCAUUUUCUACCAAUUUCGUUUUCGCCAUUGUUCCUCAGUUGCCUAAUCUUGGUGGUCAUGGCUUUGCCUUCACCAUCUCUCCAUCUGUAGAGUUCACAGGGGCGUGGGCAACACAAUAUUUAGGACUUUUUAAUUCUACAGGCAAUGGCUUGCCUUCAAACCAUGUUUUUGCUGUUGAGCUUGAUACUAUAAUGACUCCUGAAUUUAGUGACAUCAAUAACAACCAUAUUGGAAUUGAUGUAAAUGGCUUGGUAUCCAAUGUGUCAGCUCCACUAGCCUACUUUUCAGACAAGAAAAGGGAAAAUAAGAACUUAGAGCUCAUAAGUGGAAAUCCAAUGCAGGUGUGGAUUGAUUAUGAUGAUGUGGAGAAGCUUCUCAAUGUAACAAUAGCUCCUGUAACAAGCAUGAAACCAGAAAGGCCUCUAUUGUCAGUAACUAUUGAUCUUUCUCUAGUCCUCUUGGAUUCUAUGUAUGUUGGUUUUUCUUCAUCCACUGGAUCAAUGGCAAGCUACCAUUAUGUUCUUGGGUGGAGCUUCAACAGAAGUGGGCCAUCUCAAAGUCUUGAUGUAUCAAAGCUUCCUCCACUUCCACAUAAAAGAGAAUCAAGUAAGAAACUACAUUUAAGAAUUAUGAUCCCAUCAAUAACAGCAAGUGUUGUGCUGAUAGUAAUCUCUGGAGCUGUUUAUAGGAGGAAGAGACAUGAAGAAUUGCGCGAAGAUUGGGAACAGGAAUAUGGUCCUCAAAGAUUCUCUUACAAAGAUCUCCAUAGAGCAACCAAAGGAUUCAAAGACAAAGAACUGCUGGGGUUUGGGGGUUUUGGAAGGGUUUAUAGAGGAGUAUUGCCUUCUUCCAAUGCACAAGUUGCAAUCAAGAAAGUCUCACAUGAUUCUCAACAAGGAAUUAAGGAAUUUGUUGCUGAGAUUGUUAGCAUGGGGAGGCUAAGGCAUAGGAACCUGGUACAGCUCCUAGGCUAUUGCCGGCGAAAGGGAGAGCUGCUUUUGGUAUAUGAUUAUCUGCCUAAUGGAAGCCUAGACAAAUUCCUAUUUCACAAUGACACACCAAACUUGAAUUGGGUUCGUCGAUAUCAAAUCCUGAGAGGUGUUGCAUCUGCCCUUCUUUAUCUUCAUGAAGAGUGGGAACAAGUUGUUCUGCACAGAGAUGUGAAAGCUAGUAACGUUAUGUUAGAUGCUGAUCUUAAUGGACGGUUAGGAGAUUUUGGACUAGCUAAGUUCUAUGAUCAUGGAUCAAUUCCUCAAACAACCUGGGUGGUUGGAACAGUGGGAUACCUUGCACCAGAGGUUUCAAGAACAGGAAGGGUCACUACCAGCAGUGAUGUUUUUGCCUUUGGGACAUUAAUGUUUGAAGUGGCUUGUGGAAGGAGGCCUAUAGAGCCAGAAAGACCACCUCAUGAGGUGAUAUUGUUAGACUGGAUUCUAGAAAGCUGGAAAAGAGGGGCCAUUCUUCAGACAAGCGAUCCUAAAUUGGAAGGUAAAUAUAUGGCGGAGGAAAUGGAAUUGGUUUUGAAGUUAGGCCUGCUUUGUACUCACCCGAUACCAGCAGCCAGGCCUGUCAUGAGGCAAGUCAUGCAGUAUCUGGAUCGAAAUGCUAACUUGCCAGAUAUAGCACUUGAUGGUCCUGGGAUUGGUUCGUUCAAAAUAAGCCAUGAAGCAGCUAGAGAUUGCAAUUUGUCCUUCCCUGCAUCUAAUGAUUAUUCUGUGUUGUCUAUCACUGACUCCAUCCUCAGCUGCGGUCGUUGAAUCUGAAAACUUCAUGAUACAUGAGGUAAACUUUCCUUAAGCCAGAGACUGAUCAUGUUUGACCUAUAGGUGCAAGCUUAAAAUUGGUGCCACAAAUUAGAUGCAGUAAGGUUGAAGCAGAAUCCUAAGGGUCAUUUUGUAUGCAUUUAUGCUGCUGGUUAUGAGCUUCUACAAACUGUAACUGAUACUGUUCUGUUCCGUAAUUUUAGUCUUGGCAAUUUCUAUGGAUUUAAAUAGCCAUAGAAGAACAAAUAAAACCAAAUGAACAUUUUAAUUCCUUUAAAUUCUAUUAAUUAAACAUCGAUAAAACAACAACAUUCCAAGCAGACUUCUGAUUAUCCUCCUGUAUAGUAACUAACCAAAGAUGGCUUUCACAAUGGAGCAUAUACUACAAGAAAGAUAUUUAAGGUACACAA